AUGUCAACCGCAGCAUUUGGCGUAAAUUUGGAAAGUGAUCGUCGCACAGGUAAUGUUUCAAACAAUGUUCUGUCGAGCAGUGAGAAGAGUAAUAUGAUGAAUAAAACUGGUGGUGGUGGUGCUGAGAAUAAUAAACAUGAUAAUGGCAAUGCGGGUGGUGACGAUUCGCAAACUGCCGCAUGGCUCCGAGCACAAGAGGCGCUCAAGAAAGUGAAUCCAGCUGCUGCUGCUGCAGCUACAGCGAGAGCUGCACCUCCCUUCCAUCCAUCCUUCAUGAAUCCUGCCUCAAUUCAAGCAGCCACCACACACUACUAUCCGUGGACUCAGCAAUACGCUUCUUUCAAUGCAGCCUCACGAAUGUCUGCUCCUGUAAUGUUCCAGCCGUAUUACAAUCCAUACGGUUCGAUGCCAAAUCCGUUUUAUUCGGCUGGAUAUCCCCCACCACCUGCUCAGAAUCAGGCAGCAUCAACACUAGGCACAAGACCCAAUCGACCUGAAUUAUCGAAACAAACUGGUAACAACACUAAAAGUAGCGAUACGUCAGUUUCAAGUAAUCCUUCUGUGACACUCUCGAAUCAACAGUCAACACCACGAACGAUUACACCAUCUGCAGUCAUGAACCAGCGUCCUCAUAAACCUAUCAAUCAGCAAAAUCAGCAACCAAUACGUUUCAGUAUUGGUCGUUUUAAUGCAAACCCUAAUUUCUCUCCCAAUACAUCAGCGUUACCCAAAAACAAUUUUAGCAGUGGCAAUAAUGUUGCGAAUGCAUCACGUGGAAAUGUGCCUGAUAGUGUUAGGCGAUAUAUAGAAAGAGCAUAUUCGGCUGUUGAAACAAAAGAAGAGAGAGAUAAAUUAGAGGAAUAUCUUCGCCAGAAGUUGAAUCCUUUGCUUACAUCGGGUGCUGCCAGAGCUGUUGACUGGGAUAAGGAGCCGUUACCAUCGGACGUGAAUUUCGAACUGAAAAAUCAAUGGACUCCAGCAAGUGAGCUGAGACGUGCGAACGCAUCAGUGUUGAGUCAGUCGACGUGGAAGAGUGCCAUGCAUGAUCGAAACAAGACUGGCGUUCAUGAAAAUAAGGUAUCAGCCACAUAUACAUUCGCAAAAGAUAAACAGCAUCAGCAACAACAAAAAACAUCAGCAAAAUCAUCUCGACGCAAAGAGAGAAAACGUCGUAAUCCGUCACCAACAAUUCCAUUGUACACCUCAUCCGAAGAGGAGGAUGAUGGUAGUGAUGCGAGUGAGGCAAGUCAUGGGAAGGAACAACGAAAAUCAGUCGUAAACACCCCAUCUUCAUCGUCACCAUCAUCAUCGAGGAAAUCGAAUAAGAAGAAGUGUAAGAAACAAAACCGAAAUGGCAAGAGUUCGCAACAGCUGUGGAUUGCUGAUGAGCGAAGUAAUGCGAAACGUGAAGAGAGGGCUCGACGUUUCGGCACUGACAGUCAUGUUGGUGAGCAUGACUCAGGUGCAGCUUUUAGAUAUCGUCGUAGAUUCCAACUGUUUAGUGACAACUUAUCACGCUUAUCACUCUCAACUACUGCCGCUGAUCAAGUCAUUGUUGGUACAUGCACUGAUAUUGAAAAAUCAUUCUUCCGUCUCACUUCGGUUAAAAAUUUUUAUGCACCUGAUCCGAGUACGGUAAGACCUUUGGAAAUACUUGAGAAAGCGUUGAAACAAGUUCAGCGCAAGUAUGCAUCAACAAACGACUAUUUGUAUGCGAAUGAUCAGCUCAAAAGUAUUCGACAAGAUUUAAUGAUUCAAUGCAUCCGAAAUGAAUUCACUGUGAAAGUUUAUGAGACCAACGCCCGGAUUGCUAUUGAGCGAGGUGAUCGCGAGGAGUUCAAUCAGUGUCAAAGUCAACUGAAACUUCUUUAUACGGAAGUAUCGAAUUGUGCGAAUAAACAUGAAUUCACCGCAUAUCGCCUUCUGUAUUACAUUUCUGUUCAAAAUACAAUUGAUCAAAUCACAUUACUGAGUGAACUCGAUGAAUCAGCACGAGAGGAUGAGUGUAUUGCUUUUGCCUUACGCGUACGUCAAGCGUGGGCAUUGGGCAAUUUCGUGCGGUUGUUCAAAUUAUACGCGAAUGCACCUCGAAUGACUUCGUAUGUGAUGGAUCUUUUCAUUGAACGCGAGCGAAAGGCGGCUCUUAACGCUUGUCUCAAAUCGUAUCGACCAUCAAUAUCGGUAAGUGUAUUAUCAAGAAUGUUUGUACUUGACGAACAGAAGAUCACAGAGUGGUUAAACACUCUCGAUAUUUCUGUUGGUUCGGGUGGAACGAUCGAUUGCCGUUUGUACUGCAAUACCUUGGGAUAG